AUGCCUCAGGGGAGCUCUGGGAAGGUAAAGCUUCUUUGUGUGAUAUUAGAGUUUAUGCUAUUAGUAAAUUGUAUAUUGUUAUUAAUGGGACUGACUUGUAUUCAAAUCCCACCCUACUAAACUUGUAUAUGUACCUGGCACCUGUGUGUGAUCCAAUGGCUUGAAUCCACACAAUGCCUCCCAUUUGCAUUGAUACACCAGGAAACAUUAGUUUGCUGCACUGCAGGGGGUUUACGCUUUCAGGAUCUUUGGCGGAUGUUCGAAUUCCAUGCUCAAGGAUGCAGUUCAGCUUUGCCCAACCUGACUCUUUGGAACUGUAUUUCUGUGAAUUCUGUCUUCAUUCUAGGCGUGCUGAAACAAUGAUUGGCACACUGCUUGUACCAGUGUGGUGUGUAAUGUUGUGGGCUGGAUGCUGGAGAGGGCCUCGGGUGGUCAGGCGACAUCAGUGAAGCUGGGCCGCCAGAGAGAGAGAUGGAGAGGAGCUCUAUUUCAAUUAGUCUUUCCACAAUUCCUCACAUCCUCCUUCUCAACCAUAUUGGAGGAGAAGGUCAAUAGUCCCUCCACUCAGAACUUCUUCUCCAAUGCGUUUUGAGAAGGAGGUGAGCAGAUGACAUACAGUUGAAGUCGGAAGUUUACAUACACCUUAGCCAAAUACAUUUAAAUUCAGUUUUUCACAAUUCCUGACAUUUAAUCCUAGUAAAAAGUCCCUGUCUUAGGUCAGUUAGGAUCACCACUUUAUUUUAAGAAUGUGAAAUGUCAGAAUAAUAGUAGAGAGAGAUUUAUUUCAGCUUUUAUUUCUUUCAUCACAUUCCCAGUGGGUCAGAAGUUGACAUACACUCAAUUAGUAUUUGGUAGCAUUGCAUUUAAAUUGUUUAACUUGGGUCAAAUGUUUCGGGUUAGCCUUCCACAAGCUUCCCACAAUAAGUUGGGUGAAUUUUGGCCCAUUCCUCCUGACAGAGCUGUUGUAAUUGAGUCAGGUUUAUAGGCCUCCUUGCUCGCACACAAUUUUUCAGUUCUGCCCACACAUUUUCUAUAGGAUUGAGGUCAGGGCUUUGUGAUGGCCACUCCAAUACCUUGACUUUAUUGUCCUUAAUCCAUUUUGCCACAACUUUGGAAGUAUGCUUGGGGUCAUUGUCCAUUUGGAAGACCCAAGCUUUAAGUUCCUGACUGAUGUCUUGAGAUGUUGCUUCAAUAUAUCCACAUAAUUUUCCUUCCUCAUGAUGCCAUCUAUUUUGUGAAGUGCACCAGUUCCUCCUGCAGCAAAGCACCCCCACAGCAUGAUGCUACCACCCCUGUGCUUCACGGUUGGGAUGGUGUUCUUCGGCUUACAAGCAACCCCCUUUUUCUGAGCGGCCUUUCAGGUUAUGUCGAUAUAGGACUCGUUUUACUGUAGAUAUAGAUACUUUUGUACCUGUUUCCUCCAGCAACUUCACAAGGUCCUUUGCUGUUGUUCUGGGAUAUAGAUACUUUUCGCACCAAAGUACGUUCAUCUCUAGGAGACAGAACGCGUCUCCUUCCUGAGCGGUAUGACGGCUGCGUGGUCCCAUGGUGUUUAUACUUGCGUACUAUUGUUUGUACAGAUGAACGUGGUACCUUCAGGCGUUUGGAAAUUGCUCCCAAGGAUGAACCAGACUUGUGGAGGUCUACAAAAUUGGCUGAUUUAUUUUGAUUUUCCCAUGAUGUCAAGCAAAGAGGCACUGAGUUUGAAGGAAGGCCUUGAAAUACAUCCACAGGUACACCUCCAAUUGACUCAAAUGAUGUCAAUUAGCCUAUCAGAAGCUUCUAAAGCCAUGACAUCUUUUUCUGGAAUUUUCCAAGCUGUUUAAAGGCACCGUCAACUUAGUGUAUGUAAACUUCUGACCCACUGAAAUUGUGAUACAGUGAAUUAUAAGUGAAAUAAUCUGUCUGUAAACAAUUGUUGGAAAAAUUACUUGUGUCAUGCACAAAGUAGAUGUCCUAACCGACUUGCCAAAACUAUAGUUUGUUAACAAGAAAUUAGUGGAGUGGUUGAAAACGAUUUUUAAUGACUCCAACCUAAGUGUAUGUAAACUUCCGACUUCAACUGUACAAGUAAUUGAGGAAAGAUUAAUUGAGAAAGAGCCAGGGAGAGCAUUGUGUGUGUGUUGUGUCCCCUUACAGGAAAUGGGGAGCAGAUCUGUGAGCCCAGUGCCUAGUGUAGCCUCUCUCCAUCUCUCCGUGGCCUUAGGUUUCACACAGCAGUCGAGGGGAUGUAGCGCUUAAGCUGUCAUCUGCAGUCAGUCAAUAAAAAAACCACGAAGGCUACAGGCCAAAACGCGUUGGUUUAUCAACUUCCACUGUCCUCCAAGAGUUGCUGAAUUUCCUCUUCACAUCAGCAGUCAGAAAGCCAGCCCUGCAUCUGAACCACGAAUUUAAUUCACUCUUAUCUUCCCAACUCCUGGCUGUGACAGAAAUGGAGGACAGUUAGGUGUCAUCAGUCUAUGAAUAAGGUGGAAAGGUGAAAAGAACUGUCUCCCUAAUCUCUUCCUCCAGAACCAAAUCAGCGAAGUGUGUCACAAGACAACUGUCUCCCUAAACCACAUACAUUUUAUUGCUUAUUGUAUUUGUCAUUUUCCCCCAUUACUUUGUGAAUUCAUUCCAGGUCCGCAGUGAGUUUCUUUACAGUCUCAAAUUCUGCCAUUUGACUCACAAAGGUUCUCAUUUGAAUAUUAAUAAUUGAGGGAAAUAUUGGCGCUGUAGAUAUGAUCUUUCUUAUUAUAACUCACUAAUUAUUUAGUCCGUUUUUUCAGCUUAAUGAAAACUCACUCCCAAAGCAGCCUCUUUGCUAUUUGGUGUAUUUCACUCACCACGGCAGAGCUGUGCAAAGCAGUCAAGUCUGCGUUUUAAUUUGUUCAACAAACCUGUGAAAUGAGUUGAGAGGUUUGCAGUGGAGAGAAAUCACAAAACAUUUCCUUCCAAACUGAAUUGAAUUGGUGUGUGUGUGUUGUGUGUCAGUUUCUCUUCCAAACGGAAUUGAAACGGCCCUGGUGGUUGUUUGCGUUCAGAGCCCUCCUCUAAUGAAAAUAAGUCUGCUUCCCAAAUGGUACUGUAUUCCCUACAUAAUGCACUACUUUUGACCAGAGCCCUAUGGUGCACUAUAUGGGGAAUAGGGCGCCAUUUGGGAUGCAGCCUAACUGUUGUGGGCUAAGGGGACUGCCGUUUCACCCACUCACUUUAAAGUAAUUACUUCUGUUGCCCACAAAAGUUCCCUCAAAAUGUAGUUUUCUUUAUUUAAUUAAAUUAGAUGAUUUAAACUGAGAAGGCAAUUUGUUUAAUUAGGGCUGAAGACAGAGGAUCUAAGGGCCAGUGUGUUUUCAUUCAGAAGAUUGAAUAAAUAAAAUAAGUCUAUCUAGCGUAGCAAGCUUGUUUUGGAUUUUGACUUGAAGAAUGUUUGGCUUGAAUGUUAAUGUAUUGAUAUCUGAGAAUCUAUUGCUUUCUUUUGUGAGACCAUAGAAAUGAGUUAGCAGGAGGGUGAAUGAAAGGUUAUGAAGCUAGCAUCUGCUGUUGGGAGAUUGCUGAGGCAAUAACUGCCUAAACAUUGAACGCAACCCAAUCACUCCUUUGCUAUGCUAAUCUGAUAUUGUCUGAAGUAUAUGCCUAGUUCAAAGUUAAGGACAUGAUUAAACAUUAUUCAGUUUUAGGAAUCAAUUAGUGCUGAGUGAUUUGAGGUCUGUUCGGUUUCUGUUAGAUUAUGAAAAAAGAAUCAUGGUUUUCGGUUUCGAUAAUUUUUUUAAACAAAUGCAAUGCAUUAUGUGGGUUGAAUAAAACAAUUAAUAAAAGUGCCAUGAUAGUGACUGCCCAUUAUCACUUAAAAAACAUCAUUUAUUCACAUUACUUUACUUUAAUAAAAUAUUUCAGUUGUGUAUAUUAUGUUUGUUUUAUUUGAUGACUAUUAUUUCAUCCCAAGUCAUCUGUAUAGAGCUGCUGCCUAUGAUGUCAGACAAGAUGUAAACUAUGGAGAAUGUUGGCCUGUUGGAAACUACAACUCCCUUCUACAUUUCACAGUUGGGGCUUGAUCUGAUUUCUCUCUAGAGAAACUGCAUAUUGAGCUCACACAAAAAAGGAUUGAAAUGGAAUUGAAAUAUUUGAACAGAUUUGGGCCAAUUAGUUGAUUAACCCCCCCCCCCCCCCCCCCCCCCACAACUGAUAAGCUGUGCGUCGAUUCCUUUUUAGUUUUCAUAACGUCAACAGCACAAAAACAGAUUUAUGAGAAAUGUAAAGAAAGGGAUACCACUACCUGUAAGUACUUAGUUUUCUAGCACAGAUUGAGUCAUGUGUGCCUAGAUCAUCAGUCACGGUCUCCCCAGCAGUUCCACAUAGGAAACCUAAGAUUAAAGGAAUCAUAAUUAGUCUUAAUUUGUGACAUUUCCAAGGUCUCUCAGAUUGUGGGGCGAUUAAUAUAAAUAUCAAUUUCCCGUCUCACUGCUGAGAAUAUCCAGACCCAGAACAGGUCAGUUUUCACUGCAGAGGUCUGACAGCUGCUGUCACAAGCAAGGUGCGUCCCAAAUGGUACCCUAUUCCCUUUAUAGUGAACUACUUUUGACCAGAGUGAAUAGGGUGCCAUUUGGGACGCAUUCCAGGCCUCCUGUGUGAGGGGGACUGGUUGAGGAGGGGCCCCCUGGUGCAAUUCAGAAUGGGCUACAGAGGCCCUUUGGUUGGUGGUUGGGAGAAUGAUAGCCCAUGACUGGAGAGCAGGGCCAGUUCGAGGCAUAGUGUUGACAGGUCUAUCGGUUGGGGUCCAGGGUGUUUUUCUGUGUAUGUGCAUGCGUGUAGUUGCAGGUUGUAGCAUGGUUUUCCCUCUUUCUCUGCAAUCUGUGAUCACUGACACAUAGACUGGUGUAGGGCCUCAGUAGCUGAGAAGUGCAGGUGCUGAUGUUACGUGCCUUUACAGAAGGAUUGGUUGGGAUAAAAAGGCAGGAUUUGACAAACUUGACAGGGUCCACAAAGGAACCAUGUAUAGUAAGGUGAUCGUCCCAAAUGGCACCCUAUUCCCUAUACAGUGCACUACUUUUGACCAGCGCGGUCAAAAGUAGUGCACUAUGUAGGGAAUAGGGUGCCAUUUGGGACAUAACCUAGGUUCCAGGGGUGGUUGUGGGGGAAUGUAUAACAGAUGUCAUGGUGUAUGGUCAUGGCUUGAGCUAUUUAACUCUUACAAUCAACUGAAGGUUACACAGCCACAUCUAAAGAAUUGAACUUAUUAAAAUACAUAUACCAUUUCCUCCUGGCUUCGUAAAAACUGUCAUGCCUUGUCCACUUUUUCCUUAAUGAUAUGCCCCCGAUGAAUGAGGAGAGAAGUGUGCGUGACAAAAGCUCUAUGGCAAGACCUAUCCUCGACAUUGCCUGUAUCCGGAAUUGUACCCUAUUCCCUAUAUAGUGCACUACUAUGAGCCCUGGUCAAAAGUAGUUCACUUUUUAGGGAAUAGGGUGCCAUUUGGGAUGCAGACCCAGACCUAUUGAUUUUGUAUUUUUUCCCCUGGGUAAUGGAUGGCCACUGGCCCCCACCCCUUCCACCCCUGGUCUGUUAUUACAAAUAAUGACAAAUCAAUAUGCAUUGGAGUCCCAGUGAACAUCCUUUUAACACAUGAUUUAUACCACACCAGCACAGUGUAGCGCACAGAGCAGUUAGUCACUCCACUACCAGCCAAUCAAUUUAGCCAAUCAACUAAGGGGCCCUUCAUCAUAUCCAAUUAUUUAAGAUGUUCUGUGGAUUUUUAUUGGUCCAUUCAUGAUUCCAUGGCUCAUAUCUGUGCAGAUGUGACCUCAUUAACACCUGAUUGGGGCAUAUUAUUCCUCUGUCCUCCCAUAUGAUAUGUGUGCUUAUUGAAUAUUGAUAGCUCACUAUAGUCAGCUAGACUGCUAUAGACAGAGUGGUGCAUUGGUGUGUGCUUUGUUUCUACUAAAUACCCAUCAGUCACUGUCUAUCUGUGUCUGAAUGACACCGGGGUAUAGGACUCUAUAUGUAUUCCCCGUCAGUCAGAUACAUAUAGGGUGGUGUGAUGGGGGUGACUAUGUCUGAGCACGAUAUUCCCUAUAAAGUGCACUACUUUUGACCAGAGCCCAAUGGACCCUGGUCAAAAGUAGUGCACUAUAAAGGGAAUAGGGUGCCAUUUGAGAGAAUGGAGGGGAUAUGAUUCCUCCCCAGAGGGGUGUCCCAGUGGCAGUAUUGUGGGUCAAGCAUGGCUACUGGGGGCUACACUGUCCUUCCCCUCUGGGCUGUGGUUCCAUAGGCUUAUACAGGAAACCGCCAUAAAAACCAAGCAUUCGAAAAUUGCCUUUCUCAGUGUGAAUUGGCCAGUUUUUGCCCAGAGGAAAUAUGAUGUGUAUAUUUAUUGGAACCUACUACAAUGACUACUAUAGCUCAGAUGUCAUACUGUCUCUUCUUUUGGUUGCUAGAGACGUGACCCAGUCGUUCGUUCGAUUAGUUCGAUAUUUACGGGCGACACAGUCGUUCGUUUUUUUUUGUGGUCCGGCAACGUUCUUAUCCCUUGCUUGCCAGCUAGCUACGACUACAGAGUCACGACCUCUGCAGCCAGAAUAACAACAAAGUAGCUGUUUUCUACUGACAUUCAUUUGGAUACAUCUAUAACAAUGAGCUGAUAAUGGCCCAUUUUGCCUGGCAUAGCUAGAAAAGUUUGACUUCUAUCUUUUCCAACUGUCCCGUUAUCUGGUUUUAAUGUCCAUUCUAGAAUGCCAUUCUAGCCAAUCAGAAACGAGUAUUCAACAAUGCUGUGGUAUCAUCCUUGUUAUAAACUGGGUGGUUCAAGCCCUGAAUGCUGAUUGGCUGACAGCCAUGGUGUAUCAGACCAUAUACCACAGGUAUGAGAAGUGCUUUUUACUGCCCUAAUUACGUUGGUAAACAGUUUAUUAUAGCAAUAAGGCACCUUGGGGGUUUGUGAUAUAUGGCCAAUAUACCAUAGCUAAGGGCUCCGGGUUGCGUUGCGUCAUGCCUAAGAACAGCCCUUAGCCAUGGUAUAUUGGCCAUAUACCACACCCCCUCAGGCCUUAUUGCUUAAAUAAAAGAGAAGCUUACGCCUUUUUAUAACGUAUUUUAGGACUUUAAUACCGUAUGUAUUUGGUGACUACUUUUCUGUAUAAUCCUUCCAAAAAAGGAGUGGAUUUGGGUGUGAACAUCCAUCAUCUUUACUAAUCCCCCCGGUUCCUUUCUUAGUGGUAUUUGUGAGGCAUUUGUGUCAGUAUUGCCCUAAAGCUUAAUGUCAAUUGAAAUAAUAAUACUUGUGUUGGUUUCCACCCAUUGCCCUUGUUGCUUUGCAUGCUGCUUGGAUGUGACAACUCAGUGACACAAAGAAGGUAUUGUAUGAGAACUGUAGUGGUAUUGUAUGAGUACUGUAGUAGUAUUGUAUGAGUACUGUAGUGGUAUUGUAUGAGUACUUUAGUAGUAUAUGACGAGCACAUGUAGUGUGCUGUAGUUUCUUAGAAUGACUAUACCUUCUACUUCAUGGAAGUAGCAAUACUGCACUUGACAGUAUUUGACUAUUUCCUUAUGGAAGUGUUCCCCUUUCCUCCAUACCCUAAAGGCUAGUGAAUAGUGAAUGAAUAAUAAGCCAUUUGUGCAUGCAUCACUGAUUUAAUGUAUCUUGAGAUGGAUACUAAUGCAUUAUUGUGAAUAGAAACAAAAUAUCCAGGUAUUCCUCAUAGAUCAGGGGCCAUAUGUAUCAAGCAUCUCCUCCCUUUCCAUAUAAUUGUAUUCAUUAUGAUUUAAAAGGCAAAACUGAUUCUAGAUCAGCACUCCCGCUCUGAGAAACUUUUAUGAAUACGGACUCUGAGAAAUAAACAUCUCAGCAGUCUCCUAGGCUGCUUGAAUCAGCAGCAACAUAAACUAACUCAGCUGCUGCUAUGUUCUGUAAUGUUAGCUGUGGUGUUUUGCUGCUGUCUUGUUGUGGUCCAUUGUGGCUGGCAGGUGGUCCCAUAGGUGUUGGAAGCUGGCACCUCAAUAAGGUGGAGUGAUGGGGGUGAUCAUGAUAGAGGGGGCAUGGAGAAAGAGGGGAUGGGGUUGUAUGUUCCAGGGUUGUGUCCCAAGUGGCACCCUAUUCCCUAUAUACUGCUCUACUUUUGACCUGAGCCGUAUGGGCUGCACAGGGAUUAGGGUGCCAUUUGGGACGGACUCUGUGGCUGUGGUCUUGGGCUGGGUGGGCCCCAGAGGGCCUGUGACUUAUGCCUGGCCCAGUGUCAGUGUUACAGGCCUGCUAUAGUGAGGUCACCACCUCUAGUUCCACACCAGGCCGGGCCUUCUGUCACUUCAAACGCCCUGGACUUCUGUCUGCAUCCCAAAUUGCAUCCUAUUCCCUAUAUAGUGCACUACUUUUGACCAGAUCAAAAGUAGUGCACUAUAAAGGGAAUAGGGUGCAGUUGUGAACACAGACAGAUGUAAUGACAGUGGAUCCUUUUAAAGUGGCACACUUAAGAGCACCAUGGCGGCCCCUCAUAGUAAGGGUGUUAUUUAUGGGACCCUGUAAGCGGUGGAUGAAACAGGCCUGUGUCAGCAGCUGCCCUGAACAGCCUCCAUGGAUUAGUCUUACUGUUCCCCAGGCCUCCCCUCCUCCCUUUACUGACCCUUUCUCCCCUCGCCACCCCAGCCCUACCUCCACCGACCCUCUCUCUCCUAUACCCUUGGUCUCUCCUCCCUCUCCCUCACCAUUAGUCUCUCCCUUUACUAACUCUCUUUCCUUUCACGCCUCCACCUCAACCCUACUUUCCCUCCACUGACCAUCUCUCCCGCACCCACCCACCCACCCCAGCCCUACCUUCACUGACCCCCUUUCUACCUUCCUUCCUCUACCCCCCCCCCCCCCCCCACUAACCCCCAGCCCUACUAAGGGAGUUCUGUCAGGGACUUCACAGGCUGCUUCUCUGUCUGGUUGUCUGGAGGGAUUUGAACUGUGGAGACGGUGCGACGUGUGUCUGCCAAAAAAAGAAAAAAACCUGACAUGAUUUCUGGAGAUUUCCAGUCGUGCUCUUUGAUGCGCUGCACUUGUCUCAUCUUGUGUCUGUCUUGGGCUUUGAGUCCACACACACAUCACAUAGCCCUCUGAACUUUCAGACUCAAGACAGCUGUGCUAAGGCCUAGAUUCUAAAUAUUUUUAAGUGAGGUCAGAGAGGUGAGUGUGUGACUAGGGGAAGUGUUUGGUUGGCUAUGGUAUGAAUUUAUUACCUACCCUUUCAAGGUUGUUGUGUUAGCUAUGGGCAAUUCCAAGGUAAAGGAAUUACGCUUUGACUCAGUUUUUCCACUUUAAAAUGUAUGCCAAACAAAAAAACAUUGAUUUUAACGUUUAGCAAACCAUAUGCACAAGGACUACUUUUAACAAUUUCCACAGAAUAUUUUUCAAAAACUAAUUUAGUGGAAGAAUUGUGCAGAUGCAAACUUUGGUAACGAAAUGACAGUAAAAUCUCCCUCAGGUUUUUAUGCGCCCACGUUUUCUAGAAAGUCUGUUAAAUAUCUGCAGAAAGAAUGGCGUGUCAGCUAUGACAUGGCUCCUUGAGUUUGAAAAAAUAUAUUUUGGUUGUUGAACUAUAGUAAGUGUAGUGGAUUUACACCAGGUAAUGGAAUUACAUCAUGGGUCCCAGAUCUGUACUAUACGGAAAUGUAUAAUCAUGGAUGUCAAUGUCAUUCUCCUCAUGUUUCACAAGUUUGGACAUCACAGCACAGCAGAGUACAGUUUAUACAAUAUACUGUACUCUCUUCUACUCUAUUAUACUGUACUCUACUGUACUCUACUCACUGUACUAUCCAAACUUGUGAAACAUACAUCUAUGGUAGGUUCCGAUUUGGUCCAGUCCUGUCCAUCUGUGGACGUAAACAUCAAGGCCAGGUUUGAAUGACCAAAUUUAAACUACUUUUCAAUGUCCCCUGACGUCUGGUUUAGGUCGGUGCUCAGUGGGUGAGGAUGGAAAGAGAGGGGGUUCAUGGGCAGGUGUCAGUAAGAUGUGACAUUAACUGGAGUGAGAGGCAGAGAGAGAGGGGUUGUCCAGACUCAGACUUUCUAAACAUUUAUUUUAAGGUUUUGAUGUUUUUGUAUAUCCAUUGCCAAUUUGGUAACAGAUUUACGAGUUUUAAUCACUUAAUAAAUCAUCAACAAAAUUGAUAUCAGUAAAAUCACUAACUAAUUGUUAGGUCUACCACUACUUACUUGUUACUUCUGUGAACUUUCAUUAUCCUCCCUCAUGAGGGAGAGAAAUUAGAAAAUAUCUUAAAAGAUAUGUGGGUUUUUGUUAAUUGAAUUACAAGGCAAUAUUUAAGACCCCUUUUCCAUCUGUUUAUCCAUAAAUCAAACCCUUUACUUAUGCCACAUUUUUAAGAUGGAAAAUUGUAAAAAGACUUAUCUAUGCCUUCAUUUCCCAAAAAUAUACACUCUUAGCUUUCAUUUCACAACCAAUUUGAUAUUCUUCUAUAAACCUCACAUGUUGGUGCUCAUGGGACCUUUCUGAUGGAAAUGCCCCUAUACCAUAGGUUUACUGGUCAGGUUAACCUUUUUGAUGGAAAUGCCCCUAUACCAUAGGUUUACUGGUCAGGUUCACCUUUUCACCUACAUUUAGAGGCAUGUUCAAAUAAGAAGAUGCCUCAUGUUGCUUUUCUGAUUAUUACUAUGUUAAAACAUAGUGCUAAUUAAAGCUAUAAUAUAUAACCUUUGGUGUGACCUGACCAAAUUCACUUAGAAAUGUGAGUUAUAGAUCUGUCAUUCUCAUUGCAAGGAAGUAUAACAAGUGGCAGAUCUGUUCUAUGUGCGCUAUUUCUAUGCUUCCUGUUCUUAAGUUUAGUUUUUUUGUCUUUUACUUUCUGUUUUGUACACCAGCUUCAAACAGCUGAAAAUACAGUAUUUUUGGUUAUGGAAAAUAUAUUUCACAGCGGUUUAGAUGGUGCACGGAUUCUCUACACAAUGACUGCUUGUUUUGUCACAUAAACAGAAAUUAGGCAAACUAUUUUAAUUUUAGCAAGCAGAAAAUGGCGGUGCGAUUUCUGCAUAUUACAUUUUUAAAUACAUUUCUAGAAAUACUAUAUACUGCUCUUAUAGUAGGACAGCCAUGUCUGCUGGACAGGUAUAGAAUACUGUAGUAAAUGGUUAACAUGGGGAGCUUACUCUAUCUUUCUGCAGCACACCUACACAGGUGAAAAAGCAGUCAACCCCAGAAUGAACAGCAUUACGAACUAUAUGUAUGAACAGCAUUUGGUUGGAAGAACCAAGGCCCCAUCUCUAAACACACAUGGCAGCACAGAGAGUAGAGCAUUCCAUCUGAGGGCAGUCCCUACAGGUCAGUACAAUGAGAAGACAGGAAGGAGUUUGGUGGGGAGGCAGAGGGGAGGAAACCGCUCUGCCCCACGGAUGGGGUGGAUAUUUUGAUGGCCUCCUUUGAAAUAUUUGUCUUGAGAAACUAAGGUAGGAAAGUGUUUGUGCUGCGUCCUGGGAAAACGGAUUAAGCCUGGUUCACUCCUCAGCACCUGGUCUGUUCCUUCCCCUCCUCAGCACCUGGUCUGUUCCUUCCCCUCCUCAGCACCUGGUCUGUUCCUUCCCCUCUGGGCCAAGGAGAGGGUGCCCAUGGUGCUCCUGGAUUGAAGCUCUGGUGGGAGAUACAGGGACUAUGUCACAAAUGGCACCCUAUUCCCUAUAUAGUGCACUUCUAUGGGCCCUGGUCAAAAGUAGUGCAUUAUAAAGGUAAUAGAGUACCAUUUGGGAUUCAACCUGGGUUUAACUGCAACAUCUGCUCUCCUGUUUGCUGUCUGUUUAAAUAUGAGUAGAUAAGUGUGGUCCAUAUGCGUUGUAUUUUAUCCAAUGCAAACAGUCCCUCAGUGAUCUCUAAGCUUCAGAAAUAAUUAUAUCAAAAUCACACAUAGUCCCUGGACCAUAAAUGAAAAUAAGAUUAGUUAACUUAAUUGAUUUACUACAUGUGUUUUGGUGCCUUAAUUUGAACAUUUUCUUGGAUGAGUCCCAAAUGGCAACCUAUUUAUUUUAUAGUGCACUACUUUGGACCAGAGCCCUAUGGGCCCUUGUAAAAGGUAGUGCACUAUAAAAGGAAUAGGGUGCCAUUUGGAAUUCAGACCUUCAGAUAGAGCCAGUUGCCUCAUUUCCCCUUGGAGUUUCCUAAACAGGAUGUUUCAUUGAAGAUUGUCCUCUUUCUGCUUGUUUCCUCUCACAAAUGUAAUUCAUUUCUGGUCAUCUUUUCAUUUUUAUUUCAUAAAUGUGCGUUGGAUUUUGUGUGAACGAGGGGCAUUAAGCUUACCCUGAACAUUCUCAUGGUUUGUGUUUUCAAAUAGCACCCUAUUCCCUAUAUAGUGCUCAUAGAGCUCUGGUAAAAAAUAGUGCACUAUAUAGGGAAUAGGGUGCCAAUUAGGUCAAAACCAUGGUGUGUUCCCAUGCAAAGCCCUCAUAAAACAGAGACACCCCAGUCAGAAUGUGUAUCUUCAAAGUGUUAGAGUCAAUGUUUCUAAACUACACAGGGGAACCUACAUCAGGGUGAAUUGAAUACAGACUUCGUUUUUGUUCUUGCGUGUUGCAAUAGAUAAGCCAUCUAAAACAGCAGGCAUAGCUAGGCUUUACUCGACUGUGGCUGCGUCUCAAAUGACACUCUAUUACCUAUAUGGUGCAUUACUUAUGACCACAGCCCUAUAGGCCCUGGUCAAAAGUAGUGUACUAUGUAGGGAAUAGGGUGCUGUUUGGGAUGUAGCCUGACUGAACUGUUUCUGUGGCAUAUUGGACACAGAUUAACAUAGUAAUCAUACAGCAUCAAAAGGUGUUACUUUUCCAAAACAUCACUGCAGUCCCAGAACAAAGACUUGUCUACUUUUCUUCCUCCAUUUUCACCUCAGUGAGAAGUCCUAGGAUGUGUCCCAAAUGGCACACUUUCCAUACAUAGUGCACUACCUUUAACCAAUGCCCUAUCUUUUGACAAGAGGCCGUAUAGCACAUUUGGGACGAAGUCCUGAAGCGCGAGAAAGGGCCCUGCCUGCCUCGGGAUCAUAAUGACCUCAAUUUUUAUUUUUUACAAUAUAUUUAUUGGCAUUUCUUACAGUUUAACAAUCAUCAGCAAAAUAUGACAAUCCGAUAAUGCCCCCUAAUGGCCUAUAAUUUGACUAAAUCAUUAUUUAUUAGAUGCUAGCUAGGUUUUCUCCAACUCUACAGACAUUAAAGAGAUACUUCAGGAUUUUGGCAAUGAAGCCUGUUGUCUACUUCCCCAGAGUCAGAUGAACCCUUGUAUACUUUUGUCUGCGUGCUAAAGACAUGCUAAAGUCCUGAAGUAUUCCUUUAAAGCCUCUGAAAUGGGGAACAAUUACCCUGAAAGUGCCAUCAGUCACUCCCCAUUUUUUUGACUGAGAAACGGAAAAGCCAUACUCCUCAGAGCGCAGAUGAUCCAGCCUAGAAAUUGGACAGCUUCAAUUUGAUUUCCCCCCUCCGCCACCAUCGCCCGCCGCAUGCUGAAGUUAUCAUGGUGCAUUAAAAUUACACUAUCAGUCAGGCCUCCCCCAUUCCUUUCCAGAAUUCAAAUUAGAAUUAAAUUUAUCCUUUAUCCUCGCUCUUGAUAUUUCCUUUGGCUUCAGUCGCCUUAGCCCAGCCAUAUGGGCCUCUCAUCUGUUUCCUGUUGCUGCUUUGGAAAGGAUGAUCUCUUUCGUUGCAUAGUAUUGAUGACUGGAAUCCGCUUUUCAUUUAUGUGAAUAAUGUGUCCCUUAUUCAGAGUAUAUCCAGAUAAGCUUCAGCUAAAGCCCAGAUCAUGAUAUAUGGGAUGGCCAACGUAGGCUUCAUACUGUGGCCCUUUGACUGUCAGACUGUGCUGCUUGGAGUGUCCACUUGGAAUGUCCACUUAGGUUGUCCACAGAAUGUCCGUCAGAACAUCUCUAUAUUGACUUCCCCAUUGAAUCACAUAUGCAUUCCAUGAUCCAGUGGAAGAAAGAAAUAUACGUGCAUGCCCCUGCACCCAUAGUCAUGUACUCAUUGUCCUAUGUACUCAUUGUCCUAGUAAACAUCCUCCAAAUUGCCCAGCCACCUAUGUGCUCCUAUCUUUCUCUCUAUCAGGACUAGAACGGUCACCAUUACGUUAUGCAUGGAGAGGGCUCGUGAAAGUGUCCCAAAUGGCACCCUGUUCCCUAUAUAGUGCACUACUUUUGACCAUGGCCCUAUAGAGAGACAUACCCUUUCUCACAACCCUUCUUAUUCCCUUUACAUUCUCCACUGCAGCAUCUGUUUAAGACUGCAAGUCCUUAAGGAAACAUACCAUCUGUAAGCCUAGCAGACGAGGUAAGGGCAGUAUGGACUUGUAAAAGCAAGGCAAUUCAACAAUCCUAUGAACAUUUCAUCUUUAUCCAUCAAUCUUUUUGUCCUAAAAGCAAAAGGUCUAUCUAAAUGGAUUUACAGUAUCUGAUUUACUGAAAACAGACCUCUGUUUGCAUGGAAAUACGGGAAGGGGUAGGUAGAACAGGGCAAUAUUAUGUUAGAACAGGGGGAAAUUAUAUUAGAACAAGGGAAUAUUCCAUAGGGACUCCCUGUGUGUUUGAUGGCUAUCUUACCGCAUCAGAGAAUAAUCCUUCAUGUGAAUUUCUAAUAAAAUCAUUGACUUGAUUCUUAAUUAAAAGUCACCAUUUUAAUUAAACAUUUAAUUAAACAGAUUCAUUCUCUGGGAUUUAUACCCAGAGAUGUGACUGUUUUGCUAACUACAAUAUGAGGAUAGAAAAAACAUUUGCUGAUGUGGUUACUGAUAUACCCAGCUGAUGUGGUUACUGAUAUACCCAGCUGAUGUGGUUACUGAUAUACCCAGCUGAUGUGGUUACUGAUAUACCCAGCUGAUGUGGUUACUGAUAUACCCAGCUGAUGUGGUUACUGAUAUACCCAGCUGAUGUGGUUACUGAUAUACCCAGCUGAUGUGGUUACUGAUAUACCCAGCUGAUGUGGUUACUGAUAUACCCAGCUGAUGUGGUUACUGAUAUACCCAGCUGAUGUGGUUACUGAUAUACCCAGCUGAUGAAGAAAUGAGUAUAGGUCCAAAGCCAGCGGCAGCUGUAGCAGUUGGUUGAGUAAUGUUAUCAGAUGGAGAGAAGCGGGCCUUACAUCCUCUCACAAAGAAAAGAUGCAAAAUCUGAUAAUCAAGUUGUAUUGAUCGAGAGCUUCUCAAAACAUCCACUGAGAGACUCACUGACUGAUGCCCUUAGUCAGUAUGUUGUACUCCGGUGCCUGGCUCCCUGCUAUCUGCUACUGUGACCCAGCUGAGAGUAGCUUAAAUCCUUGAGUCCUCACGAAGACUUCUGUUUAGGCCUGUUGAUACUCUGUGUAGAUUAGAUGCUCCAUACGCCUCUGUCUGUGUUCUACAUGAUGGUGCUAAAAGCUAAGGAUUUUUAGACUCAUUAUGUAAAUGUACUACCUGGGAUAAAAUAUAAUCUCAGGAUUAUCUGGGAUAAUUACUGUAAUGAAGUUGCGUUGAGUCUUCAUUUGCAGUAGAUGCUGAUCAAUACCAAAGUCAUCACACACAGGCCUAGACUAGUAAUUCAAUCAAACGCAGUGCAUUUGAGGUAGAAACCCAGGUCAUACUGUGUUUGGUCUAGUUUGUUCUCCACUGAGAGGAAAGUAGACUGCUAAAAAAAAGGGUUUUGAUAUAUCCACUUGCUCAGUGGGCCAGAGGACCCAAGGCUAAUGGUUUCAGCUACUGUCCAUGACCCGGGCAAAAUUAGACUCUUUAUGCACGUUCCAAACGUUCUCAGACGCGAUUCAAAACACACCCUCUCUUCAAAGGGCAGUGCCUCUGGCCAAGAGCCAACACAUACUGCCAACUGUCUUUAUCUGUGUAUAUCAGAACAAAUACGGAGAGAGCUUACUCACACUGAUAAAAUACGCUGUGCGUUCCAAAUAGCACCCUAUUCCUUUUAUAGGGUCCAUAGGGCUCUGGUCAUAAGUAGGACACGAUACAGGGUGCCAUUUUGGACACUGGCUCUGCCUCUCCUGGCCAGACACUGGCACAACUACCUACCAGCUCCACGGUAGCUCCUUGAAAGAUUCAAGGGAGGAUACAUUUCAGCCCAACAUCAUAAAUCAAGAAGUCAUAAUUCGAAGUGAUGAAUUAUUUACUACUUUUAGAAUGUUUUAAGCAACUGUAUUAAAUUAGGAUGACAAAAUGUCACCUUUUGUGUUUUAUCAUCACAACCUUUCAUUUCAGUGAGCCAGUUUCAGUCAAGUGAAAUAAUGAUUCUGUUGCAUUUAGUUAUGAAAUGGCAAAACAAAGCAAUGGCUAUAACCAAACAAUUAUCCCAAACACAUCUAAAUGUCCAACGGUAGCCAUAUGCAGCCAAGCUUCCCUUGCUCCAGUGGCCCUAGGUUAAAGUAAUAGCCAUCCCAUUGGCUGCAACCAAGUGUAACCUCCUUGACAGUAAACAUUGGAAUCCACAGACUAUAAUGGAAUAGAUUUAAGUGGCAUUUCAGUUUUGCAAUGUAUCCAUAUAUUUCCAGAGCAACUGCUGUCAGAACGUCUGAGACGGUAAUAAAACAUUUGCCUGAUUUUUACUCGCACUAAAUUGUACUGUUAUGGAGAGAGAUGGUUAAGUGGGUUUUCCAUUUCAGGGUUAUGGCACCACCAGUAGCAACAAUGUGUGUAACAUGAUAUAGGCCUGCUUUUAAUUUAUGGCCAAUGUCAUGCUUUACAAACCAACCUAUCAAUGGUGUACUAGGCUACAACAAGCAAAUAAAUUGAACUGCUUGUCCUCCAUUGGUAACACUGUCUCUUUUACUAGGAAGGGAGCCUUCUAAGCAUGCCUUGCUAUCUAUGUCAUAUAAGUGCCAUAUCUAAAAUCGCUGCUGUACCAUACAGACAGUGCAUCUCAUGCAUGCUUCAUUGUACUAUAUAAUGUCUACUGUUUCACCAAAGCAGACAAUAGUGAAAUAUCUAGGCCUCCUCCAAAAUUGUUCAUAGAACAGUAGCCUUCAGGCCCUAGGAAUCUGUUACACAUCACUAGAUAAAUACACUGAAAGCACAGGCAACAAUAGAGGUGCAAAAUGAUCAUGUGAAUACAGUAUUAACACUGCUCAACCCCUACUGUACACCAUCACAGUCAGCUCUGCCAUAAUGGCCUGCUGUCAUGGCCAUGAUCGACUGGUGAGAUGUCGAGUGUGAUGGAUGGUGGUGGUGGGGGGUCGUAAACAGAGAGAUAAAGCCUGCGUCCCAAAUGGCACCCUAUUCCCUUUAUAGUUCACUACUUUUGACCAGGGCCCAAAGUAUUGUAGUAUAUAGGUGAAUAGGGUGACAUUUGAGAUGCAGCCAAAAGUAAGAGGGCUGGGUGGAACAUGGCUGAAUGCGCCACCCACACACCACUGUCUCUCUAGGCCUAGGGUUCAUGGGAGCCCCCAUCCAUCAUAUCAAAUCAAUCAAUCAGUUAAUGGACCAAUCACAGCUGUCAGAAAGGCACUUAAUGUAAUAUAUAUACCGCCCCACAAUAUGAUUAUGAUCCCACCAAUCAUAACUAAUAAUAAACUAGUCCUGAAUAUCUCAAAAAAUAUGAGCAUUGUAUUUGGUACAAAUCAUUCCCUAAAUUCUAGACCUCAGCUGAAUCUGGUAAUGAAUGGUGUGGCUGUUGAGCAAGUUGAGGAGACUAAAUUACUUGGUGUUACCUUGGAUUGUAAACUGUCAUGGUCAAAAGAUAUUAAUUCAAUUGUUGUGAAGAUGGGGAGAGGUCUGUCCGCGAUAAAGAGAUGGUUUGCUUUUUUGACACCACACUCAACAAAGCAAGUCCUGCUGGCUCUAGUUUCAUCUCAUCUUGAUUAUUGCCCAGUCAAAUGGUCAGGUGCUGCAAAGAAGGACCUAGAAAAACUGCAACUGGCCCAGAACAGAGCAGCACGUCUUGCUCUUCACUGUAAUCAGAGGGCUAAUAUCAAUACUAUGCAUGCCAGUCUCUCUUGCCUAAAAGUAGAGAAGAGACUGACUGUAUCACUUCUUGUUUUUAUAAGAAUCGUUAAUGUGUUAAAUUCAAAAUUAUUUUCAUAGUCAACUUACACAUAGCACUGAUACACACACUUACCCCACCAGACAUACCAUUAGGGGUAUUUUCACAGUCCCUAAAUACAGAAAAAUUCAAGAAAAUGUACGGUGUUAUGGAACUCCCUUCCAUCAAAGUUUGCUCAAAUGAACAGCAGACCUACUUUCAUGAAACAGAUAAAGCAACACCUCACGGCACAACGCCUCUCCCCUAUUGGACCUAGAUAUUGUGUGUAUGUACUGAUAUAUAGGCUUUGUGUGACGUUUAAAAUAUAUCUAGUUCUGUUCUUGAGCUGUUGACCACUGUCCCGAGUGGCGCAGUGGUCUAAGGCACUGCAUCGCAGUGCUAGCUGUGCCACUAGAGAUCCUGGUUCGAAUCCAGGCUCUGCUGUAGCCGGCCGCAACCGGGAGACCAAUGGGGCGGCGCAUAAUUGGCCCAGCGUCGUCCAGGGUAGGGGAGGGAAUGGCCGGCAGGGAGGUAGCUCAGUUGGUAGGGCAUGGCGUUUGCAACGCCAGGGUUGUGGGUUCGAUUCCCACGGGGGGCCAGUAUGAAAAUAAAAAAGAAUAAUGUAUGCACUAACUGUAAGUCGCUCUGGAUAAGAGCGUCUGCUAAAAUGACGUAAAUGUAAAAAUGUAAAUGUAAUGUUCUGUAUUAUUUCAUGUUUUGUGUGGACACCAGGAAGAGUAGCUGCUGCUAUUGCAACAGCUAAUGGGGAUCCUAAUAAAAUGCAACAAUGGAUCCUUGAUCCUGUGGCCUGUGUCAAUGCAGCAAAAGAGAUGUGUUCUUUUCCUCUCAGCUUAAGAAGGAAGGUCACUAUUGCAUUCCCCCUCAACCAAGAGCACACCAUUCACCACAAGGGUCUUCAUCAUAACAAUAUCUGUCUCCAUCCUAAUGAUCCCAUAAUCAUGUGUGACUCCUGUUGUCUGAUUUUAUUUUAUUUGUAUUUAUCUUUUAUUUAACCAGGGAAGCUACAUUUAGUUUGACGAUUUAAUGCAAGUGAGCCUUGGCCAAGAAAAUAGCAUACAUUUAUUUACACACACAACACAGACAAAUUUCAUUUGUGGAGUAAAAACAGUGCAUAGAAAGAGCCCUCUUGGGCUGACUGCUGGUGGUGAGAUUGACAGAACAGCAGCUGGCUUUUACAGCCUGGGAUUGAACAGGGAUGAUCUGCUCAUCCAGAGAUGUAUUCAUAAAGCCUCGGUCGCUCCCAGUGGUACUCUUCCCUUCCCUCUGGCCUCCAACUCCCCCCAUAUUAAUAUGAUCAGGAUGGGUGUUUUCCAUUUCUGUUAUGUACCAUUCUAUCUGUGAGAUGCUCCCGUUAUGUCCUGAGGCUGGGAAGGAGGAGGAGCUCUGAAAGAGGCCAUUCAGAUGUAAUCCAGGGGAUUAGGAGCCUUUGGAUCAGCUGCUACUGUCAUUUACUGUACUUUACAUUCUACUGUAGGGGCUCCCAUAUAAACAGCCUUUGAUUUUGACCUCCAUGGGGGGAGAAUUGAUAGGGACUGUGAUCUGACAGUAGCCUGGUUUCAAGAUCUGUUUGUACUGUCUAGCCAACUUCCUAUGGUCAUUGUCUGUUUGUGUUGCCUAGCCACCCAUAGGAGUUGGCAAGACAACACUAACAAAUCUGUGACCAGGCUAAUGUGACGGAUCCUUUUGGCUUAAAGUUUGACCCGUCACUUUUCUCUGUCCCGCCCAAACUGGAGUUUUAGAUUUAUGGCAGCGAACAUCUGCUGUCCAUUUGAGAGGAAAUGAUGAGAUUCCUGUACGUCUUUACGUUCACACAGGGCCACACAGACGUGAGUCAGCGCCUGGGGGACAGCUCCACCGACUCCUCCAGGUCAAGGCCGGACUCAGAGCUGUGGCUCCAUUCCUAGGCUACUAUUCACUCCAAACUGGUGUGACUCUCUGGGCCUCCAAGCACUUUUUGAAGUGGUUUUGUUUGGCUGUAGGCAUCAUUUUGUUCUGCUGAAGUCGCAGCCUCUUUUAUUGUGUCUUUGUCCUGACGAAGCUUUAAGCCACAGACAGAACUUAAAGGCCACAUCCUAUCAUAACAUGAAAUAAAUAGCUCACCAGUCACCUGCCCAGGCCAAGCUUGCAUCCCAAAUGGCUCCCUAUGUAGUGCAUCACUUUUGACCAGGGCCCAUAGGGCUUUACAUGAAGAAUAGGGUGCCAUUUGGGAGUCUGUUGUUAUUGAGCCCCAGAGGCCGAAGUCUGUAAACGCUGACCUUUCAGGCCAGACACAGCAGCAGAUAUUGAGUGAGCUUGUCCAUAGGAUGAAAUUCAUCUAAUGUUUAAUCUCCCACACUUCACUACAGGGGAUUUUCUUAACUCUCUUUUGUUACUUUUUAUGGUUGAUUUAGUUUUUUGUCAGUGAAGACAAGCCUUUGAUAAUUCCCUUGGUCCUUGAAACAUCCAAACAUUCCUGUUCCAUUACAUACACAGUGUUAUGAUGUAGAAGAAUAGGGUACACACACACACACACUGAGAGACACACACACACACACACACUGAGACACACACACACACACACUGAGACACACACACACACACUGAGACACACACACACACACACUGAGACACACACACACACACACUGACACACACACACACACACUAAGACACACACACACUGAGACACGCACACACUGAGACACACACACACACUGAGACACACACACUGAGACACACACACACUUUUUCAUAUUCAAUAUUAGUCACCCCCAUUAUUAUGAAAAGGGACUGUGCUCUAAAACUAUCAUUCUAAACAAUGACUGUUCAAAAUAAAAUUAUCCUACUGUGCUCCCAAAUGGUACACUAUUCCCUAUAUAGUGCACUACCUUUGACCAGGGCCCAGUGGGCUCUGGUCAAACAUAGUGCACCAUGUAGGGAAUAGGGUGCCAUUUGGGAACAGCCCAGUGCUCUGUUGAGAGCCAUCUGUUCACAGGUUGCAUGGCAGGCUAAUAUAUGAUAAAGGGUUUCUGUUGUCGCGAAUGCUGAUGGUGCUGUGACCUAUAGGCAGGGUCACACAUGGUGCCCCGGGGUCAUAUGUGUUCAAAGGGGAUAUAGCUGAGUUACAUAUCACAGUGAUUUGACAGAUCACACAUGGCGGUUUCCAACCCUAAACAGGCUUAAUGGGUCUGUUCUUUGGUUAUGGAACCAAUGUUUGUCAGUAAUGAUUUAGGUAUUGAUACAAUGCUUUUUUGGUAAUGAUUGAGAUAAUGUAUGAGGUCAUUUCAUAGAUCCCCAAACAGCCUUAAAUGUGUCUGUCUGUUUCAGUUGUCUGGUUUUGGAAGCAAUGCUUUGUUGUUAAUGACUGGGAUAUUGUAUAAGGCUAUUUCAUUGGACCACCUGAGACAGGAGAGUUUUAAGAGCUGGCCUUUUGGGGCUUUUAAAGAGAUCAUAAAUGGAUGUCCAGAAAAGUUACUGGCUGUGUUUGAAAGUUGAAAAGUCAACUUCUGAUCUCUCUCCUGCUGAUGCUCUCUAGUCACCUGACAUGGCUGUUCGGAGUGGUAGAGUGGUCCUCUGUAGCUCAGCUGGUAGAACACGGCGCUUGUAACGCCAAGGUAGUGGGUUCGAUCCCCGGGACCACCCAUACACAAAAAAAAAAAAAAAAAAUGGCAUAUUAUUAUAUUAUAUUAUAUUAUAUUAUAGAGUCUAACAGAGAUGAUGUCAGGUUUUAAUUAGCUUCGCUCUAUGGGAGCACAGAUGACCUCCACAGCUAUCCUCUCACAUACAUAGAUAGGCAUCCUCUCCCCUCUGUCAUUGUCAUGCAAAGAUCUGCCGGUCUCAUGGUAAUUGCCCCCCAAAUUAACAUAAACACAUUUAGCAUCUCCAUGCCUCUACUCAUACAAGCCGCUGAUGCACGCCUUUGGAACAUCUACAUUUAAAAAGUAUAAUAAAUCAAUUUAAUAUACACCAUCACAAUAAAUCCAUUAUUUAAUUUAGGCAGUUGUAAAGAAAGAUAGUGAAGAAAAUGUAAAUCAGAAGAACAGAAUAGGAGUUGUGUACUGUAUGUUAUCCGGCUCUGCACCAAGCCAUAGGCUGUAGGCUUGUUCAUUUAGCUGACAAGAUAUGCUUAUUCGUCCCAUGCCAUUAUUUUAUAUUAUAUGAUUCUAUAGUAAGAAGAAUAUAAUUGAACUUGGCUGAAUAAAAUAGAAAGUAUAUUUUUCCCAUUCCGGAGCAAGUGCGCAUAUGAAGGCUAUGUUGAGUAUAAAAGUGAUCAUUUGAAACAGGUCCUAUAGGCUACGCUAGAUUUAGUUAUUUGGAAACUUUAGUUGUGAAUGAUACAAACCUUAGAAUGUCUUAGAAAUCUAAACAUAUAUGGGCUGCAUGAUGCGACUAUAGGCUAUUGCUGAUUUGUGAGUCGCAAAAAAAGUGUGCGCUCUGUUCCUUGCCUCAGGCUGCACAACUGUUCUCUCAUCAGGUGAUCAUAUUUUCACCCAUCAGAAUAUUCUCAAUUUAAUCUGGUCUUUUCUAAUAUGUAAUGAUAAUAUUAUCAUUAUCAAAUGGGCAGGAACAGGGGGAAAAAGACAUGUCAUCCGAAUGCACUCGAAUAGCGAACGGAGGCCACUGUCCCACAAGUUUGUUUUUCACUCAUGCUGGAUAGGCGACUCCGGUUAUUUCGCUACACACAUCAACCACUGUUUGAGGAGCAUGCUGCCUCUUGCUGCACGACAGGUGAUAUUCCAACUCUGUAUUCCAUGGGCUCUCCAACCAUGUUCCUGCAGCUACCCAGUGCUUCAUUUGGGAAACCAAGUUAAAUCUGUUCGGAAACAUCGAUAGUAAACUGUUGACAGCUCCUCUCUUUGCUUGCUUGAGAAAGGAAUGAAGGAGAGAGAGUGGAGGAGAUGGAAACGCACGGUGGUGAUGUAUUCAGUAGCUGAAGGUAAUGUGAGCCUAUUAAUUAUGAAAAUAAAUAAAAAAUCCCUAUUACUAGGCUAUUCAAAAUCAAAUGCAACUUCACUAUAAUUGUAGGCUAACUCUGUAAGCCGCCCUGCACAAUCAAUGAACUAACAGCAUCGCCUAGGCCCAUACGUUCUCUCCCAGACUCAUGGAUAGACAUUUUGGAGCAUAACAUAAGGUAACCAGUCCAUCCAGUAUGCAUAAUAAUACAGUCCACACUCAAAGAAGAUUUACUAGAUUUUGUUUAAUUUGGGUGUAUAGGCUAGACCAAUUAUGUUUUUCUGGAUAUGUAAUAUGCAGUAGGCUAUGUAUUGUAUAAUGGCACAAUCAUCAUUUUAAUUCAGGGUUUCUAUCAGGUAUGCGUAUGCAUAAACUCUAAUAUGCGUAUGGGUGUUGAAAGAGCUGUCCAUUUCGUUGUUAGGCUUUGGAACAACAUCCAUAAUGAACCAUGUUUUACACUGUUUCAACCUGUUGUUGAACUUCUUUCUUCAAAUCAAUCACAGUGAGGUGAGUUUUAAAAGCACUAUACUGUUUUGAUGAUAAUGAUGUGAUUUUUGAUUUUAUUUGCAUUGAUGUCAGAGUGGUUAGAGGGACAAUAGAGCGCUGAGUACCAGCCAUUAGUGACCUGAUGAUCGUUAGCGAGUUGGGUACUACCAAUGCAUCUCCAGAGUGCAUAAGAGGAGAUUACUGUGACCCAACGGUCACAUGGAAUACGGUCAACGUAGCAGCCCUAAUCAUCAUCAUCAUCAUCAUCAUUGCUUCUGGGACAAGGUCUGCUCUAUUGUAUAAUGUAGAGACUUAAUAUAUGCCAUUUAGCAGACGCUUUUAUCCAAAGCGACUUACAAUCAUGUGUGGAUACAUUUUACGUAUGGGUGGUCCCGGGAAUCAAACCCACUAUCCUGGCAUGGCAAGCGCCAUGCUCUACCAACUGAGCUACAGAGGACCUCUCUCUCUGGACAAGGGCAGUUUAAUAAGUAAGCAGGCGAGCCAGGUGAUGUGUUUUAAUGGGCCAUGGUUGUCUGUUAAGAGUGGGCUUAGAGACAAUGGAAGGAAGUUGGUGAGUGAUGUGUGGCCUGAGGAUGUAGCUAGACUAUCUACUGUUCACACCACUUUGCUUUGUUCUUGGUUACGUCCCAAAUUCACCCUAUUCUCUUUACAGUUCAUAGGGCUCUGGUCAAAAGUAGUGCACUAUAUAGGGAAUAGGGUGCCAUUAGGGACACCACACUCCAUGGUUAUGAAUAAUACAUUAGUAUACAUUAGUUUGAUUCAUGUUAUUUGAGGCUCUACCAGUGGCGGCUCCUGAAAAAAUUCUCAGGGGGGGCAAUUUUUCUGAUGAUUUAGGUGACCUACACACAUUUUAAAAAAGAUAUGUCCAGCAACAACAUGAAGACAGGGGCAGCAUAUAAGUCAAUACCAGAAGCAUUUAUUGACUGAUCUCAAAAGUGUUGGCUUACCAGGGUUGGUGGAGCCCUCAGUUUCAUCUUUGCCUCGCAAAGCUAACUCAAACACUCCGCAAAACGUCACACACUGGAUUAGCCGGCUGAGGAUGUGGCGGUUCUUGCUAAUGUCGUAGUAAAUAUAUUUGUUAUAGUGAAUAUGGAAUAUGAUAUGUUGAGUAAAAUGUUGUGCUAAGAUCCAUUUAGGUCAGGAGCUGGUUAUAAGUUCUGUUCCUAUCCAAUAACAAUGGACAAAAGGGUCCUAUCUUGUCAGUUUCAGUUCUCCAGUAAACUUGUGAUUAUCAACACUAACCUCAUCGUUGUGGCGGCGGACAGCUAGCCUGUAUCCCUCAUCCAGUUGAGUGGGAAUGUUCACUCUCCCCAAAGCAGACAAUCUCAAACAGCUAUCCAUGUGGGUCUUUGACAGCUCAUGUUUCUUAAUCUUUCCUGAAAGAUGGUGCAUGUCCGUUACACACCAGUCGCUGUCCAAGCGGUGCUGUCUGCCGUGCCGCCUUCAGGGUGAAAGAGUAAGCAGGGGGUAGCAGAAGACUGCAUUAGCUACAUCGCAGCCUGCUAGCCAGGUUUUUCGUUCGUACCAAUUUUUUGAAAAUCCUCGGGUGUAGGACUUCCCCCCUUUAGUAGAAACCUGUUGAAUUAUUAAAUUUGGUCUGGGAGGUCCUAAUUGUUUCGUUGCCAAUUUAUCUUCAUUUGUUCGCCGACAAAAAGUAACUUAUUUCAAAGAGACAAUCGAGUUGCACUGAACGCUAUAGCCAUCUUGAUAGUAGUACGUGAAUUGAUUGAUGAGGCUACCCGCUCUUUUCUUAGUUACGUUCAUGGUUAUGUUACGUAUGACGAAAGCGCGUAAGUGCAAGCCCUCAGAAACCCAUAGAGAUUGUAUUGAAAGCUCUGAUAUUUGAAAAAAAUAGAUUUUACAUGGGAGUCUAUGACAGACUUCUGGGCGAUUUUCAACCUGACUGAAAUCGCCCCAAAAGGGGGGGGGGCCAUUUGAAGCACGACUUUAGCCUGAUUGGACAUUUAGUGGCACUGUGGCAGAUCAGACGUCUAGAUUACAACACUGAUAACUACUGUUGCCGUGAUAUAAUUGAUUAGAAAAAAAAUCCCUUCCUUUUCCCGUUUGGCAGUGCGUCGCCCAUAUCGCCCUAUUGAACACACCGCCCCUGGGCUCUACUACUGUGUAUUAAAGUCCAGUUUCUGGACCAUUUCCCAGCUAUGCUGAUAGAAACAGGGCACACUAUUCCCUAAUGUACAGUAGUGCACUAUAGGCUCUGGUCAAAGGUAGUGUACUAUAUAGGGAAUAGUGUGCUAUUUGGGACACAGCCUUGUCCAAAUGGGCCACCACCACGCUCAUGUAGUAUUUCCUCCCUCUCUCUCUCCCCCUUGCAGCAACAGACUAGCGCCUAGCAACCAUGACCGGAUACAGCGGCUGAGGCACGAGUUCCAGCAGGCCAGGGGGGACGACGACCCUGACGACCGGAGACGCACCUACAGCUUCGAGCAGCCCUGGGUGAGUGUCUGAGACCGGGCUGAGAACCAGACCGGGCCUGCCUGGCUCUCCAUGGAUGACCUCCAUGGACCCCCUCACUAACCACCACCAACCACCACCUCCACUGUCAGCCUAGGAGGGCUGCUAAUACCCUGGCUGGCUGGCUGGCUGGCUGGCUGGCUGGCUGGCUGGCUGGCUGGCUGGCUGACAGGUUGACUGGCUAGCUGGUUGGCUGGCUGGCUGGCUACAUCGUGGAGCCUCCUACUACCACUAACCUCACAACCACCGGGUUUGGCCUGCCCUGAGUAUGGACUGUCCAUUAUGACACUGACUGAACAACCUCAGCCUAUGGAGCUUCUUCUCAUUAACUCCUCUAUGGGUCUCCCACCUAACCCAGGCUCUUCUCUAAUAGGGUUGUUCCAUAUGAUUUCAACGACCGUAACAGGUUUGACGACUUCAUCUUAAAUCAGCCAUAAAUCCCCUUGUGACAGGGGAAUGGAAGCUUGUUGUGUCCAACAGGGAGGGGCAAUUGAAUGCUAGCGUCACAAUUUUUGUAUUUUUAAAACAUUUCUUGCCUGUCUAUCUAUCUAUGGGUAACAGGGUUGAUGUGUUAUGCUCAUCCCGCUCAGUUUUCUACCACAAUACACCAGAAAAUGAGUAGAACCAGCUCACCUGCUUUUACACUGUGACUAUUAGAUGUUCAGUCUUUUUUUCUUUUUUUAAGGAAUAGUUUCACCAUAUUAAAAUGAGAGUUCAGUUCAUGUAACAAGGUUGACCUUAAAAUGAGGGACUGUUUUUUUUUCCCCCUUAAAAGGAAUCACUAAUAACAUGAAAUAAAUAAUAAUAUUCAGAAAUGACUUUGUCAAAGCAACAAAAUAACUAGGGCUUUAGAAUGAUGGUGAAAACUUGUAGAAACUGUUGGGGUUAAGUGGAGAAAUGUUGGGGUUAAGUGGUUUAAAAUCUUCCUAGAAGUCAGAGGGUGUAUGGAGGGACAUGUUAAAAUCCUUAGUUUUGGCACUUUAGUCUUUAUUCAUAUUUAAAGUCAGAUUUAUUGAAUUCUCCAUGUGGUCUAUAUUAAAAGGCACUUCAUUGAAUAUAACAGGCUUUUAUCGUUCAAUAUUGGUGCACAAUUUCGACAUUAAAUAUCAAAGGGACGCAAAAGGCACUCUUUUUGUGGAGUGACCCAGAAGUGCUCAAAGUUUAAGUUAUAAAAUACUUUGACAACCCCGUUUGUAAGCUUUUAAAUGAUAUCAAACUCAACCUUUUUGACCACUUCUACCACAGGCAAACAUGUAUGGAAGGUUUUGUUCAAAUCAAAAGGGGUGCAGUCAGAAAGGGAUUGAAAUCAUAUGGAACGACCCAAUAACUCUUACAACAACGUUUGAGUCCCAAAUGGCACCCUAUUCCCUAUGUAGUGCACUACUUUUGACCAGAGGCCUAUGGGACCUGGUUAAAAGUAGUGCACUACAUAGAAAAUAGGGUGCCAUUUGGGAUGUGACCAACAUCUCCACCUGCAUGUGUCUAGGAGCAUGUGACCCUCUGGCACGCUCACCUGACCUCUAACCCCACCCGUCACAACCACCACCCCCAUCGUACCACCCUUCUCAUCCCAUCUGCCAUCAAUGCUAUCUGUUGGUCUGUCUGUCUGUCUGUCUGUCACUCACAAAAGAAGGACCCGCCCACCUUCUCAUGGACCAAUGGACUCCUGUCUGUGUGUGUCUAAUUGUGGGGGGUGCUUUCAGUGUGAUAAACACAGCUUGUCGGUUUUAACUGUGCCUUUUUAGAGAAGAGGUUUAGGUGGUGUGGAUUGUUUUGGAAUUUGUACUCUCUUUUGAUGGCAUGGCCACAAAAAUAGGAUGAGUGUUAACUUAUGCCUUCAUAAUUCUUAAAGACAGUAAGACCAUUCUAUGAUGUAAUUUAAGGUAUCUGGUCCCUAUAUUAAGACUGCACUAUGUCCCAUUUUACCAUCCAUUGCACCAGCAGUAUGCCUUAAGUAUACAUUUUACAUUCUGUCUGUUACGUCGUCGUAAAAUGAUGAAUUAUCAGCUAAAUCAUUUGCCUAAUGGUUGAAAGUCACUACUUUAAUAUUUCUAUAUUGUUGUGUGAUGUCUUUGUCCAUAUAACCACUGCUGUAUAUAUUUAAAUAUUUGUUGUAUUAACCUAUACAUUGUUAUGACGUACAUUUUUACUAAUUCAACUUUCAUCACUUAGGCCUAUAUAUGUGUGAUGUUGUUUUUAGUGCUGGUUUAGACACUGUCAACAUGUAGCUUUUUAUAAUCUUUAUAUGGCGUUUAUAUUAUGUUGUCUAAGGAUUGAUUUUAAUGAAUUUUCCAACAGUUGUAAACUGAGAGCUCAUGAACAGACUCCAUUGACCUCUGGGGCUGUAUGAAUCAGGUGGAUCAGAGUAGAAGGACUGAGCUAGGAUCAUUCAUUGUGAUCUCAAAUGCAGAACUGAUCCUAGAUCAGCAGUCCUACUCUGUGACGUGUCAUAAAUACGGGCCCUGGGCUUCUUUUAUAGGGGAUGAUGAUAAAUCAAAUAAAAAGCUUGGUCUUGUUUUGAGACACUGAGUGUGCUAUGUGUGUGGGAAAGGGCUUUCAAGCUGCACUUUGUUUCUCUACACAGUAAAGCAUGCACAUACAGGUUGUGUCCCAAAUGACACCCUAUUCCCUAUAUAAUGCACUACUUCUGACCAGAGCCUUAUGGGGAUAGGGUGCUAUUUGGGACUCAGACAUGGUCAUUAAAGGGGCAAUCUGCGGUUGCUACAUCCAUUUUUGGACUAAUAAAUGAAUGAUAUGUACCCAUUGAUUCUUGAAGAAUAUAACUUAUAAAUGCCUCAUGAGCUUAGUUCAACUGUCGUACCCCAUCAGAACCCAAAAUAAAAGCUUGUUAUACUCCAAUGUUUGUAAACAAUGUAAAUGUAAACAAACAUUACAUAGCCUCAAACAUGGUUUAAACUAUACAUGUGAUAUAAUGGAUGGUCAGUCCUUGCAUCCAUAGCUCUGUCUAUUACAUUUCUCUAGCCCCAUCACUCAGCCGUUUUAAAGUCCUUAAUAAUACCAUCACAUUGUUUGUUUACAUUACUGGUAGAAAGCAAAGUUACCAUGUUCCCAUGACCGCACCAUUUAAGGGACAGAGUCAGACAUGAUUGCCGUCACAAUUUAUUUCUAAAUAACAGAAUAACCAACCUCUUACAGAACCGCACAGUAAUCAACAGUAAUUUUGUGUUAUUAGAUUUUUUUCCAUGCCAUACUAAUUGCCAUAGUAUGGAAAAUGGUAACAUAUGUAGCUGAAACUCAAUUAUGCUCCCUGUGCAUAUACAUACAUUGUGGCUUUGUCCCAAAUAGCACCCUUUCCCCUAUAUUGCGCAAUGCUUUAUGCACUAUAUAGGGGAUUGAGUGCUAUUUGGGACGCAGAAUGCAUUUGUAGCUGUGUUAUCAUUAGAGUGAAUUGAUCAGAAUAAGACGCCCUAUACAUCAGAACAUUAACCCCAUCAGUCCAGCACCACCCACUCCAUUCCAUUUAGCUUGAGGAGACAGACUCAGUACAUAAAGUUCAAUUAACAUCUUCAUGCCUUCUGUAGUGGCCAUAGUGUCUGAUCUAGAGUCUAGACUAGUGUCACAAGUCCAAAUAAAUAGAAUUACACAAUGGGUAGACUACACUCAAUAUGGCCAUUGGCCCACCCAUCACCGAACGCUGACUUGAAUGGGAAUGUCUGUUCUAGUAAUUAUAUUUCUAUGGUCAAGUCUGCAAGAAGAAUGAGUUCUCUACAUACACAAGGUGAAUAGAGUUCUGGGAAUUCCACUCUGGGGCCCAUAGGGUAAACAGUGAAGGGAGAGUACAGCCAUGUGGAAGCACUGACCCUAUCACUGUGAGUGUUCUUAGCAGGCUUUGAUAUUACAGGUCAGGCCAGCCCUGUGCAUUAUCUCCGCUAUAGCCCGCUGGGGCCUGCUGUCUCUUUUCUCCGAAGUCCAGCCUGUCUGUAGUUGUGUGCUGCAAAUCACUUCCCUAAUGAUCCGGUUCUGCAUGCUGUUUAGUUAGGUGUUCCUGGUUAGCGGAGGUUAGACAGCUCUACCUCUGAUUGCUACCCCUCUGGAUGGUAUAUUUCUCACUGUAGUACUUUGGUCCAGAGGAGAGCGGAGGAAUGUGUCUUGUGUUCUGACGGGAGAAAAAGUUUUGGAAAUGGGUACUACCUAAACUCGUCCAAUAAGAACACAGAUUGUCACUUUGCGUUGCAAAACCUUCUGCUACGGUGUGACCUACUGAACACAACCCUGUUUCCUUGGCUAAUUCCAUCACAGUGACUGAUAGACUGUGAUGCUUCUACGUUGGGGAACCUUUAUUGCAGUCAUUUACCACACUGAGAGCAGUGCAUCCACAGGGGCUGCUUUCGCCAGCCAAAAGCAUUAUAUUGCCUCUGUAUUUUAUCUUAGCGCCUUCCACAUUCAUUUUAAUACCUCGAUUAGCUUUAUGGGUCGUGGUUUUCUAGCUUUGUUUCCUCAUGUUACGAAGUUAUUAUUUCAAGACACUAAAGGGAUCAUGUAUAUCCAAUGCCACCAUAUUGCAAACUGUAAUUUACGUAUGCAAUAUGUAAUAUGCGCAAUGAAAUUCACAUCUGGAAAUUACUAUGCGAUAGCUAGCGACAUGGAUGGAGAUCAGCUACCUUUAGGUGUCCCUGGCCUGUUCCAUGGUCUGGCUGGGGUCGCCAUGGCAACAGAUAGAGUGCGACAGCACAUCAACAGCCCAGGUUAUGCCAAUCAAUCCCAGAUUGCAGGGAUUCAUUAGGUUUAAUGUGGGUGUCCCUGCGAUGACGAGACAAAUCGCUUUAUGGCUCUCCCACCGCUAGAGCGUGGCACUCUGGAUGAAUACUUGGCACAGCCCAUCAAAGUAAUUAGAUAGCCUUUGUGUUAUGACUGAUCUGCAGCCAUUACACCCACCUCCUCACUAAUGAAAGAUGGGGAAGGAGAACAAAGACGUGGUAGUUAGUCGUUACGCUGACAUGUUUCAGUGUGUUCCAUGGAGGAUAUAUGGAUGUGUGACUGAAAUGGCACCCUAUUCCCUUAUAUAGUGCACCAUUGUUGACCAGACCCCGGUCAAAAGUAGUGCACUAUGUAGUGUAUAGGGUGCCAUUUGGGAGGCAUCCACAGUCACCUGCCAGGAGGGGCUGGAGAUAAGUGAAUGAUGAUGCUGUUCCUCCGUGGCGUGCCGUGGCAUACACUGGUUGUUCAGGAUGGUUAAUGACCUGUGCUAGGGAGUCGGUUGGGAGGUGAAGAGAGGAAGCCAUUUGCUUCAUUAACACCACAGUACUAACAUCCAUCACAUCUCAUCUCCGUCCACCCUGCAUCUCCAGCAUGCUCCUCCGUCCUCUCCUCUGUCUGUCAGUCUAACCUCUGUUUGACCUGGCCACGAUGAAGGACAAGAGCAGGUCAUGUCUGGAUGGCUCCUGGUAAGUGUAUUGCAGAGCCAUAUAUUUAGAGAGUUUGGCAAACCUUUAGCACCUAUUUAUUCAUAGGUUCAUGUACUGUAAAUGCGUCCUAAUACAUUUGGUAGAAUCUCAAUGUCCAAACUAAAUGUAUGGCUCUGGUGUACUGUAUGUCUGAUAGUUGUGUGUGUUGAAUAACCAGGAUGUUGGCCCCUCCCUCUUUCAGCCCAACAACACCAACACAGGCCCGUACCAGACAGACAGACAACAGACGGGCCGUCACUCUGUGUCUGUAGAGGUGCAGAGACAGAGACAGAGGCAGGAGGAGAGAGACGCCUUCCAACAGGCGCAGAGACAGUACAGCUCCCUGCCACGGUGAGAGCGAGAGAGAGUCUGUGUCUGCGUGCGUGCGUGCGUCUGUGUAACAGAGAGAGAGGGAGAGAACACACAUAGGCCAUACAAUGUUUUCCACGGUCAUCAUAAUCCAUAUAUCUUUUUUUUUAAAUUUACAUUUGAGUCAUUUAGCAGAUGCUCUUAUCCAGAGCGACUUACAGGAGCAAUUAGGGUUAAGUGCCUUGCUCAAGGGCACAAUGACAGAUUUUUCACCUAGUCGGCUCGGGGAUUUGGGCAAGCGAUGUUUCGGUAACUGGCCCAACACUCUUAACCGCUUGGCUAACGGCCGUGACCAUGGUAUUAUGCAUUCAUAUACAUAACAUCAGCCUACUAUUAUCAGCCCACAUAUACAAAUGGGUUAUUCCUGUCAAAGCACAAAACCCACAGACACAUAUCAAAUCAAAUGUUAUUGGUCACAUACACAUAUUUAGUAGAUGUUAUUGCGGGUGUAACGAAAUGCUUGUGUUCCUAGCUCCAACAGUGCAGUAGUAUCUCACAAUUCACAACAAUACACACAAAUAUAAAGUAAAAGAAUGGAAUUAAGAAAUAUAUAAAUAUUAGGAAGAGUAAUGUUGAAGUGGCAUUGACUAAAAUACAGUAGAAUAGAAUACAGUAUAUACAUAUGAUAUGAGUAAAGCAGUAUGUAAACAUUAUUAUUAAAGUGACUAGUGAUUCCAUGUCUAUGAAUGUAGGGCAGCAGCCUCUAAGGUGCAGGGUUGAGUAACCGGGUGGUAGCCGGCUAGUGAUGGCUAUAUAACAGUCUGAUGGCCUUGAGAUAGAAGCUGUUUUUAAUUCUCUCGGUCCCAGCUUUGAUGCACCUGUACUGACCUCGCCUUCUGGAUGGUAGUGGGGUGAACAGGCCGUGGCUCUGGUGGUUGAUGACCUUGAUUAUCUUUUUGGCCUUCCUGUGACAUCGGGUGCUGUAGGUGUCCUGGAGGGCAGGCAGUGUGCCCCUGGUGAUGCGUUGUGAAACCGUAGUCUGGGGCUACGUCCCAAAUGGCCCCCUAUUCCCUACAUAAAGUAUGAUUUUGACCACAGCCCUAUAGGCCCUAUAGGCCCUGGUCAAAGUAGUCCACAAUGUAAGGAAUAAGGGGCCAUUUGGGACGCAGCCAGGCUGAAUAACAUUACCAGCCCCAGUAAUCUGACAUGAUCUGACAUGAGAUAAUGUGGUUACCUUUGAUCUACAUGAUAUGUGUGUUAUUACAGAAAGUGGUGUGUCUGUCUGUGGCUUGUGAUUGGCUGAGGGGUUAGAGGAUAGUUCAUGUUUGUGAUUGACUGAGGGGUUAGAGGAUAGAUCAUGCUUGUGUAGUGGUAAGCUGCUAAAUGAGCUGGAUUGGACUGUACUGUGGAUGGUAGGUGUGUUGUGGUAGCGAUGACUGUGUGUACAGGUGUGUGUGUGUUGGGCAAACCCUAAUCAGUUUAGUUAACUUUAGGGGGUGGUUUUCCCCAGACCCUCCACAAUUACAGUACACUAAACUUUCAAGGCCUGGUGGAUGUUGAAAACAAGUAGCUCCAACCACAACAAAUUGCAAACCUUGCUAGUUACCGUAGAAACUGGAGGAAGCGUGUGAUCGAACUGCUCUGCAGCUGAACCAUGAUGAUGAUAUACUGUAUGCUAACUACUACAGUCAGUGGUGAGUUUGAACCAAGGGACACAUUUUACAGUAACCUGAGAUACACUACAUUACCAAAAGUAUGUGGACACCUGCUCGUCAAACAUCUCAUUCCAAAAUCAUGGGCAUUAAUAUGGAGUUGGUCCCCCCUUUGCUGCUAUAACAGCCUCCGCUCUUCUGGGAAGGCAUUCCACUAGAUGUUGGAACAUUGCUGCAGGGACUUGCUUCCAUUCAGCCAUGAGCAUUAGUGAGGUCGGGCACUGAUGUUGGGCGAUUAGGCCUGGCUCGCAGUCAGUGUUUAAUUUUUAGAUGGGGUUGAGGUCAGGGCUCGGUGCAGGCCAGUCAAGUUCUUCCACACCGAUCUCGAAAAACCAUUUCUGUAUGGACCAUUAUUCCUCCUACACCAAACUUUACAGUUGGCACUAUGAAUUGAGGGUAGGUAGCGUUCUCCUGGCAUCCGCCAAACCCAGAUUCGUCCGUCGGACUGCCAGAUGGUGAAGUGUGAUUCAUCACUUCAGAGAAUGUGUUGGCACUGCUCCAGAGUCCAAUGGCGGCGAGCUUUACACCACUCCAGCCGACACUUGGCAUUGCGCAUGGUGAUCUUAGGCUUGUGUGCGGCUGCUCGGCUAUGGAAACCCAUUUCAUGAAGCUCCCAACGGACAGUUCUUGUGCUGACGUUGCUUCCAGUGGCAUUUUGGAACUCGGUAGUGAGUGUAGCAACCGAGGACAGACGAUUUUUACGAGCUACGUGCUUCAGCACUCGGCGGUCCCAUUCUGUGAGCUUGUGUGGCCUACCACUUCGCGGCUGAGCUGUUGUGACUUCUAGACAUUUUACAUUUACAUUUUAGUCAUUUAGCAGACGCUCUUAUCCAGAGCGACUUACAGUUAGUGAGUGCAUACAUUAUUAUUUUUUCAUACUGGAAUCGAACCCACAACCCUGGCGUUGCAAAUGCCAUCCCUGCCGGUCAUUCCCUCCCCUACCCUGGACGACACUGGGCCAAUUGUGCGCCGCCCCAUAGACGUUUCCACUUCACAAUAACAGCACUUAGAGUUGACCGGGGCAGCUCUAGCAGGGCAGAAAUUUGACGAACUGACUUGUUGGAAAGGUCGCAUUCUUUGACAAGUGCCAUGUUGAAAGUCACAGCGCUUCAGUAAGGCCAUUCUACUGCCAAUGUUUGUCUAUGGAGAUUGCAUUGCUACAGUGGGGAAAAAAAUUAUUUAGUCAGCCACCAAUUGUGCAAGUUCUCCCACUUAAAAAGAUGAGAGAGGCCUGUAAUUUUCAUCAUAGGUACACGUCAACUAUGACAGACAAAUUGAGAUAAUAAAUUCCAGAAAAUCACAUUGUAAGAUUUUUAAUGAAUUUAUUUGCAAAUUAUGGUGGAAAAUAAGUAUUUGGUCACCUACAAACAAGCAAGAUUUCUGGCUCUCACAGACAUGUAACUUCUUCUUUAAGAGGCUCCUCUGUCCUCCAGUCGUUAUCAGUAUAAAAGACACCUGUCCACAACCUCAAACAGUCACACUCCAAACUCCACUAUGGCCAAGACCAAAGAGCUGUCAAAGGACACCAGAAACACAAUUGUAGACCUACACCAGGCUGGGAAGACUGAAUCUGCAAUAGGUAAGCAGCUUGGUUUGAAGAAAUCAACUGUGGGAGCAAUUAUUAGGAAAUGGAAGACAUACAAGACCACUGAUAAUCUCCCUCGAUCUGGGGCUCCACGCAAGAUCUCACCCCGUGGGGUCAAAAUGAUCACAAGAACGGUGAGCAAAAAUCCCAGAACCACACAGGGGGACCUAGUGAAUGACCUGCAGAGAGCUGGGACCAAAGUAACAAAGCCUACCAUCAGUAACACACUACGCCGCCAGGGACUCAAAUCCUGCAGUGCCAGACGUGUCCCCCUGCUUAAGCCAGUACAUGUCCAGGCCCAUCUGAAGUUUGCUAGAGUGCAUUUGGAUGAUCCAGAAGAGGAUUGGGAGAAUGUCAUAUGGUCAGAUGAAACCAAAAUAGAACUUUUUGGUAAAAACUCAACUCGUCGUGUUUGGAGGACAAAGAAUGCUGAGUUGCAUCCAAAGAACACCAUACCUACUGUGAAGCAUGGGGGUGGAAACAUCAUGCUUUGGGGCUGUUUUUCUGCAAAGGGACCAGGACGACUGAUCCGUGUAAAGGAAAGAAUGAAUGGGGCCAUGUAUCGUGAGAUUUUGAGUGAAAACCUCCUUCCAUCAGCAAGGGCAUUGAAGAUGAAACGUGGCUGGGUCUUUCAGCAUGACAAUGAUCCCAAACACACCGCCCGGGCAACGAAGGAGUGGCUUCGUAAGAAGCAUUUCAAGGUCCUGGAGUGGCCUAGCCAGUCUCCAGAUCUCAACCCCAUAGAAAAUCUUUGGAGGGAGUUGAAAGUCUGUGUUGCCCAGCGACAGCCCCAAAACAUCACUGCUCUAGAGGAGAUCUGCAUGGAGGAAUGGGCCAAAAUACCAGCAACAGUGUGUGAAAACUUAGUGAAGAUUUACAGAAAACGUUUGACCUGUGUCAUUGCCAACAAAGGGUAUAUAACAAAGUAUUGAGAAACUUUUGUUAUUGACCAAAUACUUAUUUUCCACCAUAAUUUGCAAAUAAAUUCAUUAAAAAUCAUACAAUGUGAUUUUCUGGAGAAAAAAAUUCUCAUUUUGUCUGUCAUAGUUGACGUGUACCUAUGAUGAACAUUACAGGCCUCUCUCAUCUUUUUAAGUGGGAGAACAUGCACAAUUGGUGGCUGACUAAAUACUUUUUAUCCCCACUGUAUGUGCUAGAUUUUAUACACCUGUCAGCAUGGGUGUGGCUGAAAUAGCUGAAUCUAUUCAUUUGAAGGGGUGUCCACAUACUUUUGUGUAUAUAGUGUAUGUUCCCUCCCGAGUGGCGCAGUGGUCUAAGGCACUGCAUCGCAGUGCUAGCUGUGCCACUAGAGAUCCUGGUUCGAAUCCAGGCUCUGUCGUAGCCGGCCGCGACCGGGAGACCCAUGGGGCGGCGCACAAUUGGCCCAGUGUCGUCCAGGGUAGGGGAGGGAAUGGUCGGCAGGGAUGUAGCUCAGUUGGUAGAGCAUGGCGUUUGCAACGCCAGGGUUGUGGGUUCGAUUCCCACGGGGGGCCAGUAUGAAAAAUAAAAAAAUAAUGUAUGCAGUAACUAACUGUAAGUCGCUCUGGAUAAGAGCGUCUGCUAAAUGACUAAAAUGUAAAUGUAACAGCGAAGCCCCAAUAUGCUCUGGACCCUACAUUCUCCAGUCAGCAAUGAAUUAUCACCAAGAUGUAAUCUCCUAGUCUCCGAGCUAGUACUUCAUCAGUUCGGCUUAAUCCUCUGUUGUUGAUACAGAUUCCCGCUUGAUAAAUAUUUGAAGAAGCAGCUUUGUUUAAGGCGGAGAUUUAUUGUACAAAUGUCUCCGAUGCCUGGUCAAAGAAACAUCCUGUGGCUUUGUGGUGUAAUAUCAUUGUAAUUCUAUUAAGGCCAGUUGUGUUUAGAUAAACCUGUUUGUAUUAUCUUAAGAAUCUGAUUGUUUACCUUCAAAAUUCCAUUGUAUGACCAGACCACAGGCUUGGAGUAAUAUGGGGCCUGGUAUCAGCUUGUGUGAUUUUGAUGGAUUUCAUAUGGCCCCAGACACACACACACACACACAACCGCUGCCAUUGGUUGAAUGGCUGAAUCAUGGCCUAUGCGUUCAAAAACAGCUUUCGUUUCAGAUUAAGGUCAGUUUCCUCUUGGUGAAGCUUUGAUAAACAAGGGGUUCCAAUUCAAAUAAACCUCAUUUGAACAAUGACUGUUGUUGAGAGCCCAUAUUCAUCAAUGACACAGCAUUGAUCUCGCAGCCAAAGUCAUGCCAUUUACAGCAGGACCAAAUGGCCUCCGUCUGCAACAGCUGCCGUAGCUUUGGUCUCUUUAGAACACUGUCUAAGUGCGUCCCAAAUGGCACCCUAUUCCCAAUAUAGUGUACUACUUUUGACCAGAGCCCUAUGGGCCCUAGUCAAAAAUUGUGCACUAAGGGAAUAGUGUGCCAUUUGGGCCGCAGAGAGUGUGACUAAUGCCACAUGUUCCUACUCCUUCCCUCCUCUCACUUACUCUAUUUACAUCAUAUGUACGGUACUGGCACAAUAUCUAAUGGAGAAGAGAUAGCUGGUUUACAUUACUCACAGAGAAACAGCCCAACUGUGUCUUUUAUGUCAAUGUAUGAAAUGAAAUAAUAUGUGGAGGAUGAGGAGACCCAUCUUUUGAAAUUGGAAUUGUUCAAUCAAGGGUUUAAUGUAAAUUGUUGGGUUUGUGUUUCUAUGUAUGUUAUGGGUUGAAAGAAAGCAUAUCUACACUGAACAAAAAUAUAAACACAACAUGUAAAGUGUUGGUCCCAUGUUUCAUGAGCUGAAAUAAAAGAUCCCAGCUUAUUUCUCUCAAAUUGUGUGCACAAAUGUGUUUACAUCCCUGUUAUUGAGCAUUUCUCCUUUGCCAAGAUAAUCCAUCCACCUGACAGGUGUGGCAUAUCAAUAAUCUGAUUAAACAGCAUGAUCAUUACACAGGUGCAACUUGUGCUGGGGACAAUAAAAGGCCACUCUAAAAUGUGCAGUUUUGUCACAAAACAGAUGUCUCAUGUUUUGAGGGAGUGUGUAAUUGGCAUGCUGACUGCAGGAAUGUCCACUAGAGCUCUUGUCAAUUGAAUGUUCAUUUCUCUACCAUAGGCCACCUCCAAUGUCAUUUUAGAGAAUUUGGUAGUACGUCCAACCAGUCUCACAACCGUAGACCACGUAUAUGUCGUCGUGUGGGUGAGCGGUUUGCUGAUGUCAACGUUGUGAACAGAGUGCCCCAUGGUGCCGGUGGGGUUAUGGUAUGGGCAGGCAUAAGCUACGGACAACGAACACAAUUGCAUUUUAUCGAUGGCAAUUUGAAUGCACAAAAAUACCGUGACUAGAUCGUGAGGCCUAUUGUGUGGUCAAAUGUUUUUGUAUUCUGUAUUCCCAGUCAUGUAAAAUCCAUAGAUAUGGGCCUAAUUUAUUUAAAUUUACUGAUUUCCUCAAAUGAACUGUAACUCGGUAAAAUCAAUGAAAUUGUUGCGUAUUGCGUUUUAUAUUUUUGUUCAGUAUAUUUCUAUCCGGUCAUCUUCACACAAAGGUCUGGUAUCACACAAAUGUCUCAUCAUUGUUUUUCUUCAAAUACAGAAAUAAUAAGGUAUCUUCUUCCCAGCUGGUUGAUAAACCCACUAAUUAUGCAUGGCUCUGAGACAAAAGCCUGUUAGUUGCAGACCUGGGUUCAAAUACUAUUUGAAAUCUUUCAUAUACUUUGAGUGUUUGCUCUAUCCUUCCUAGAGUGCCAGGUGGGUGGGGUUUAGAGUUUUGGGACUAUUCUAUUGGUCCACAGAUAAAGUAUUUGAAAUGAUUUCAAAUAGUGUUUGAACCCAGGUCUGGUUGGUUGAUGUUAUUGUGUCUGUUCCAUUUCUCCUGCCCCUGAGAUAAGCAGUGGUCUAGGCCUGAACACUCAUGCAUAUCAUAUGGGCUGAACAAAGAGAGCUCACAAAGUGCCCAGUCAAGCAUGAGUCGGGUGAUGUCACACACACUGACUGACUGUAUGUUGUAGGGAAGAAGGAGGCUGACAGCUCCUCCUUUUUAUAUACCAUGUCAGAUUUCUACUUUGAAACCACCAGCGUGACAUAGUGGGACCGGUUGAGUCUCAUUUGCAACAGGGCUGCUAUUACUGUCUGUCGAACCCAAUGGGCCUGUCUGUCCUUCACAGUAGGGCUAUAUGGAGGGGAAUGGCUGUGUCACUGUCCCUCUAGGUUUAUGUGCUUCUAUGUUUUUAUUGUGUGCUAAAUUGGUUAUGGGUGGUGCUGGGUUUUGUCUGACCCGGUCUCUCUGGAAUCUCCUCUCUUUCCGAGUCAUUGCACCCUUUCUCUUUAAAACCCUCUUAACAUCUUCACUUGUGUCUCACCCAUAGAAAUAGCAUCACCACUGGUACACUCUAAAUGGCAGCCUGUUGUAUUCCCAUGGGUAUAGUAUAAAUACACGCUAGUCCAGUCAGCCCAUUAUGGGAUCAUUGGCUUGAAUAUGGAUGCCCAUUCUAGUCAUUCUAUUUCUGUGGUCUCACCUUUUCUCUCACUUUCUCAGCCUUCUCUCUCUGAGUCAUUGCACUCUUCCUCUUUAAAAUGCUAUUUUCACUUGUGUCUCGCAUGUCCUUUCAUUCACGCUUUCUCCCUCCAUCUACAGGCAACCCAGAAAGAACCCCAGCUCCAUCUCGCAGGACUCCUGGGACAAGGUCUACCCGCCGGGCGAGGGCUUCCAGACGGCCAAGGAGAACCCUCGCUACUCCAGCUACAAGGCCUCCAGAAACGGCUACCCGGGGGUGAGCAGUGUGAACGCCCGCGUCCUGCUGGAGGCCCAGGAGCUGCUGAGGCAGGAGCAGAGACGCAGGGAGCAGGAGGCCAAAGAGAAGCAGCUACUGCUAGCGCCCCCACAGGAGCACCUCGGGAACAACACCUAUGAUGGGUACUCGGCUCACAAGGACCCUGUGUCGCCUAAGGUCCCCUAUAGACAGGACGUACCCCCCUCACCCUCCCAGCUGGCCAGGCUCAACAAGCUGCAGGGGCCUGAGAAGGGCAGGCCCUUCUACUCCUGA